GCGUGUGUGUGUGUGUGCGUGUGUGUGUGUGUCGGUGGACAUUUUAACCCGGAAGACAGGUGAGCGCUUCAGGUAGCGGUGGAAAUAAAUCAGCGAAGGAAACGGCUCAGUAAAUCCUCCCGAAUCUCGGCAUGGAGAUCACACAGGAGUCGGUACUGUCGGUGUUGGUCGAGGAAGGUGGGAAGAUUCAAAACUCGGAGUUACUGAGUAAAUUUAAAGCUCCAUUAAACUGCAGCGAUCCGACCGAGAAGAAGCAGAACAGAGAUCUGUUCAAGAUGAUCAUCAACAACGUCGCGGUGGUGAAAGUGAUAGAGGAGGUGAAAUACGUCGUGCUGAGGAAAAAGUACCAGCAUUUACUGAAGAACAGGUCAGAUGAUGGGACUGAAGAAAAGGAGGAGGGAGAAGGCGGUGAGCCGGAGAAGGUGGAACUAAACCCGGCAGCAGAACUCAGAGAAGUGUGUGAGAAUGAAGCAGCUCCUGAGGAGAACAAAUCAGAGCAGAAACCUCCCUCAGACAGUGGAGCUGACUCCUCACACAGCUCUCCAGCUCCUUCCUUCAUCGAGCUGGCUUUACAAAGACAGAAAUCUACAGACUUCAAGGUAAAGAAGUCAUUACACUUCGUGACACCUCUCAAAUCAGGUACACAUGACUCACAGAAGCACGGACCUGCCCGCUCCACCAACAGCGAGACGAGCGAACACAAACGCUUCGCCCUGCCGUUACGCACGCCUCCCGUGGCUGUCGCACCUGUGGCACGGGAAGACUUGAGUACAAUGAAAAUUCCAUCAAACGACACCAAUCCGGUCCAAGUCCACUUGGCUCCAGUGAGCUCCACACCAGGGCCUCCCUGUUCACCUCGAUAUAAGAGACGCUCGUCUGUGGACAGCGUGGGGAUUAGCAGCUCUCCACAAACACGCAGACACUGCAAAAGUGCUAAACCUGCAGACGAGCCCAAGUACAGUGACACCGCCCUGCUAGAAAGCUCCGAACACGAGUGGAUGGUGAAGUCUGCGUCAGGACAGUGGGGCUAUCUGUACGGCCUGCUGCUAAAGGACGCCCAGCUGGCGGAGAAAAAGGAUUUCAUUUCGGGCUUCACGGCCUUACACUGGGCAGCAAAGUGUGGAAACGGCGACAUGCUGUGCAAGAUCAUCGACCUGUCCAGGAAGAACGGAAAUGGUGUGGACGUCAACACCAAGUCCUACGCCGGCUACACCCCGCUACACGUCGCCGCCAUCCAUGGUCAGGAGUACGUCAUAGGCAUCUUGGUGAAUGAAUACGCUGCCAACUGUAAUGUUCGGGAUAACUCUGGGAAAAAGGCGCACCACUACCUGGAUACAGAUGCCUCGCGCUCGAUCCGGGAGCUGCUGGGGGCGUUGAAGGUGGUGCGUGCUGAGCCGCAGAAGAACACCGAGGACACUGACACUCACAAACAUGCUCACACCAUCAGCCGACUCUUCCAGCCACAAACGAUAGGCUACAAGAAGAAGCCCAAAUCCAGAAGCUCCGUCUUGUCCACGCCUGAGGACGUGAAGGAUGAAAAGGGCGAGCACUCGAACCCCAUGCACAGGGUUCUUUCUGAUGUAUUUUCCUAAAAUCUCUCUGUAUGUAAACAUGUGACCGUGUGACCUUUAAUGUUCAUGUAAGAUCUGAAAUCACUGCUCUUUUAACCUGUAUCUAACUUAUUCUUACUUUAUUUUAAUAAGACCUUUUUAUAUUCAGAAAGAUGUGGUCUGAGGUUCAGUAAUGGUGUAGAUUUUGAAUCGUUUAUUUUCCUCUUCUCACUUGUCUUGUAGAAAUACUGUCGGAAAUUUUUAAACUAGUGGAUUAUUGUUUAAUUAUAAAACUAGUAAACAAAUGACCCGGUUAAAACUCAUGUACUGGUGUUAUGGGUGAUUUAGGUGAAAGAUAGAUAAAUAUAUUCAUUCUUGCUUUUAUAUUAAAAUAAUGCUGGUUGAGGGUUGAUUAGUACACUCAGGUUAGUACACUCAGAUUACUACACUCAGAUUAGUACACUCAGAUUAGUACACUCAGAUUAGUACACUCAGGUUAGUACACUCAGAUUACUACACUCAGAUUACUACACUCAGAUUAGUACACUCAGGUUAGUACACUCAGAUUAGUACACUCAGGUUAGUACACUCAGAUUAGUACACUCAGAUUACUACACUCAGAUUACUACACUCAGAUUACUACACUCAGAUUAGUACACUCAGAUUAGUACACUUUGUGAAUUAAAGCUGUAUUGACUUGUCUUAGUGCCAAACAAUAUACAUCUAUAACUGGUACGCUACAAAUGAUCAAUAAUAAUCAUCUGAUUCAAAACAAAUGGCACCAAAAUGGCAUUGGAUUUCUUAUUAAUGUACAUAAAUCCUGCAUGUGGCACAUUUUCAGUGAUGCGUUAUAAACACUGUGCAAUAAUGUGAUUAAGCUUUACUCUCUAAUACUCUCUGAGAUCAAAUGUGCAGAGUAAUGUGUAAGCAGCUGAGAUUUCAGUAGAAAUUGGUCUAUCUCUGUGAAGCUCAGCAUGAAUUUGCACAUACGUAUCUAUCUGUGAUGAUCAGCCACACGUUCCUUUCCAGCAGGUCAUGUGACUCACUUUACACUUAACUGAGCAAAUGUGGUUAAGGCUAAACAAAGCGUGGACUUACUGCGGUUACUGCUGCUGUAUUUACCGCUGAGCUCAGAACAGUACGAGGGGUUUGCUAUAACUGCCAAGUUUAA